AUGAAGACUCAGGCAUUUGCUUCAUUGGCGGUGCUGGGGUUGGCAUCAGGCUAUUCACCGUCAGAUAUUCGAACAGAUCCAUUGACUCGCGGGCCAUCUUUGGAGAUUGUGCAUUACUUUGGUGGGCAAUGGCCGACUGGCAUUGCGGUGUCUUCGACCGGCAGAAAGUUCGCGUGCUACCCUGCGGGUCUGGAUAUUCUCAACACCUACAAUGGUCUCAAUGGCGAUAUUGUCCAGGUGCAAGAGUUGACUAGCAUCGAUGGCGAGACGCCGUACCCGAAUGUUACGUACAAUCAGAGCCCGGGCGGCGCGAUCAAUCGCUUGAGUGUUCCGGCAGUCACUAAAGGCGAUCCAAAUCACCUGCUCGGCGUCCAGUCGGUCAUCAUCGAUUCCAAGGAUACCCUAUGGAUUCUCGACACAGGGCGAGUACAAGACUUGUCAAAUGCGCAAUCGCCAAUGCUUCCCGCUACUGUGCCCGGAGGACCUAAACUCGUUAACAUCGACAUUACUACGAACAAGAUCAUCAAGACCAUCAUUUUCAACACAGAUCUUGUCAAGCCAACGUCGUACCUGAACGAUGUUCGCAUCGACAACGCGAAGAAUGCAGCCUACAUCACCGACUCCUCCCUGGAAGGCGACAACGCGAUCAUCUACGUCGAUCUGCCUAGCGGCAAAGGUACUCGCUCGCCAUUCAAAGAGACCAAAGCUAUCUACGGCACAGUGCCUUUCGUCUACGGCGAGCCAAUGUAUCAAGUUGCGAGCGCCACUCAAGCUCUCCAUCCAGGCUACAUCACCUUUGGCUCCGAUGGCAUCGCAAUCUCACCCGACAUGGAUACUUUAUACUUUUCUGUCAUCGCCGGUAGAUUCCUCUACUCUGUGCCCACAGCCGCAUUGCGCGACACAAGUUCCGGCGCUUUCGAUCGUGCACAAGCACAAGUCAAGAACCUUGGCGAGAAAGGAAUCAGCGAUGGUAUGGAGACGGAUUCGAAUGGUGUUGUCUAUGCGGGAAAUGUCGAGCAGGAUGCCAUUUCGAUGUACAACCCUGCUACAACGUAUGCGACAGAGUUUGUGAGGGAUCCGAGAAUCAAUUGGGUUGAUACUAUGAGUAUUGCGAGCGACGGGUAUCUGUACUUCACUGUCAAUCAGUUGAACUACUUGAAUGCGAUAUAUCCCGGUCAAGGAUUGCCAUUGCAAGACAGGAGGAAGAAGCCAUAUGUGGCGUUCAGAGUGAAGCUCCCGAAUGGUGGUACCAAAAUCUAGGUGCACUUGUGUAGGAAAAGAAGAGGCUUUCUGGCAUCCAAGUCAUCCCCUUUAUGCCUCUUGCCUCGUGCGAGAAGUUGUCGUUGCAUGCGCACUCGUACAUACGUGUACAUUGAUGUUGAGGGUAGGAGGUCAUCACGAUACUUGAAACCAGGUAGCAUCAUCUGGUUACAAGUACACUGUGUGACCGAAAUGCUUCGUCUUCGCAGAGCUCACGCUUUCAAUUUAGCCCAUUAUCACUUGCCAGCUCUUCUCGUGCAUAAUAUCAAGCCAAUGUGCAUUCGUAUCUGCUCGAUAUGAUUCGCCCUCCCGCGGGUCCGCUCUCUGCCACACCUCUUUCACGAUGUCCAGCAUCGCAGACAUCGGCCGCUGCGGAUAUCUUCUUGACAUGACAGUGAGCCGCUGCUCUACGACGUAACGAGCCUCCAGGACUGCAUCAUGGAUCUCAGUAUUUGAAUGUUCGUUGUCGGGCAUUUUAAGUUGACUGCCAGCCACAACGGCGAUGAGAGGUAGAAGCUUGCAAGCACCAGAAUCAAUGUGUAUGCCUUUGAUCGUAUCAAUCACAUGGACGGCGAUGUUCGCAAGCAUUGAAUCCAGCUCAUCCUGAUAAGCUGUAUUCGCAGAGAGCGAGGGAUGGUUCAGAUCCUCUAGAACUGUGCCAU